AUGUCCACUAGCGCAAGACCGGAGAUGGCGUCUACUAGUGGGCGUCGCAGACGGCUAGUGGCCAUCAUUCAAUCAGUGGGAAUACAAUAUCUGGAAACCAUUUUCGAUAUUCUAAAAGCCAGCAUCUGGGCUAUGGGCGACAACCGUCCUGAUCCCAGCCAGGAUUUGCUUUCGGUUUCUAUCACAACUACUCGCUCACUCUGGUCGCAUGACGACGUCCAGAGCAGCGCUGACUGA